AUGACGGAUAAAAGUGAGUCCGCAUUGAUGGAUCCUCCGCCGCCUCCGCCGCCUUCGGCCCACGGGGUUCCGUCUCCUCCUGAUGUAUCGCCCUUUUCUCCAGCAAGUGCACCACCACCACCUCCUGGCCCUCCACCUUCGUCUAGUUCAAAAGCUGACACGCCGUCUCCGACCUCCGUGCAUCCGGUGAGCAAAUCUGCAGCAAUACCACACUCAAGGCUGCUGAACAGUCUGCCGCUAGAUGAACCGGACGAAUUGGAUCGCAAAUGGUACGCUCAUUUCUAUCAUAUGCAGAAGACUAUUCAGGGCAAGGACGAGGCUGCCGCGCUUGCCAUUUUAAAAAAACAAUCAGCCGAGGGCGUCACGCCACUUCCCUUUCAGCCGAAUAUCGCUCUGCUGUAUGCAAUUGUGACAGAGCCGACACUAGCGAAGCAGCAUCUUCGCUACCUUACGGUAGUGGCUGCCAUCGACAAUUACAAGAUUUGUGUGGGUUGGUUACAACAACUUAUAGAUCUAAAGUUUGUAAAGCUGCUUGUUGCGUGCCGGAGUCAAUUAUUGUGGCUAGUGAGAGAAUUGGUGCAUUUGAAUGCGCUAGGAGUGGAUAAGGUCAUUGUUUGCUUGAUGAGAUACUUGGUUGGCGGCGAUCCCAGCCGCACUACAGUAUGGCUGGCUUCUUCGAUUAUCCGGAUCCUUAUCGAACACGAAGCCUGGCUCCUGUCAUGUUCAAGCUUAAUCCCAUUUGUUUUCCAUACGUUUGUGAGAAUUUCUCUUGAUCACACAGCUUCGCAACACUCGAGCUUGCUCAAGCAAGAGGUGGAGCUGUGCACUACGCUGUGGAACCGUCGACAAGCAGAUGUAGCGCAGCUUGGACGCGAUAUUGUGCGUGUUCUUAGCGACGCCAAAGACAUCGCGGGAAUGAGCGCUCUGUGGAAACAGUUGCGGAAUGUUCGCGACAAUUCUGAGCCUGAAAAAGAUGUCACUGUCUACUCGGUAGCUCAAUUGAUGGCAAUUCCAACCCCCGCCAAAUAUCUUGCCGUUCGAUUAAACCCCAAAAUGGAGGAAUACCUGCUAUUCAUGAUGGAGCGCGUUCAGGCUGGAUCAGUGACACGCUAUCAGAAGUGGUUUUUUUCUCAAUUUUUGAGCAGCCCCGGUUCGGAAGCUCUUGUACCUGACCUUGUGCGCUACAUUUGUGCUGUUUAUCACCCUUCCAACCAAAUUCUAAAUUCUAAAGUCACCCCGCGUUACCAUAUUCUAGGGUGGUUAUACCUCUUAUGCCAUGGAAGCAAAACGCCGAGCUUAUUGGCCCGAGUACAGCUUGCUAUGUUCUUCGACUAUUUGUACUUCAAGUCAUCAGACAACAUCAUGACUGUGGAACCAGCGAUGCUGUUAAUGGUGAAAUCUCUCAAAAGUCAUCCAGUCGUAACGCUUUCAAUGAUUCAAUUUCUCGUAUUCGCGGUGGAAAAAUUUGCAGCAUCAGCGCUCAACCGAACACUGAUGCAAAAAGGUGUGUCGACCGCGUUUGCGAUGAUAUUAAGACUCGGAGUCGUCCCAUCCCUUCUUCCAUUGCAGUCGUUCCCUUUGCUACUAUCGAGUGCUCCAGAGUUGCAAUCAGAGUUGCAUCGUAUAUUUCCAGAGCAUUUUCCUUCCUCAGAGAAUGCUAACAAGGCUCAAGCGCAGCUAAGCUCACUCUCGAGUGCGGCAGGAAGUUCUGCCGGAUCCUCUCCUGUCCGGCACUCUCCAGCAAGACAGUCACCAAUCCGACAAUCGCCCAUUCGUCAGUCGCCUCUCCGUGGCAGUCCAGUAGGAUCUGGCAGCCCAACUACGUCACCACUGCAUUCUCAGAGUCCCACACAUUCAGACGCAAGUAUGGGCGGUGGGGGUCCAACUUCGGACACAAACUCAUUAGGCGCGUUGUCUUUCUUGCCGGACAAUCAACAGGCGGUUGAUUCCGCGACAGAAUUGGCUACUUCAAAUGACACAACAUCACUUUUGCCUGCUAUUUUUUCAAAGCAAGUUGCAGUUGAUAUUCCUGAAGGCAUUUUACCACUUGGCCGUGAUGAUAUUUUACACUUUCAGCAAACGAUACCUGAUCCAUUUACUAGCCCAUCCGAAAAUUUUAUGGAGUAUUUAAACGACAUUUUGAUUUCAUGGACUCGUCAAAGCAACGCCGUCAUUAUUGCUGCUCCACUGGGUAUGUUUUUGCAUGCUUCACUUGAGCAGUUAAUAGUGUCGUCACGAAUUGCUUUUAGCAAUGCUCCAGAUAUCCCGUCACUAGGUGUAUUUGAUUUGAUAUUGGAUCAGGUACUAAGUGAGUCCCCGGAGCUAUAUGUUCCUUUUCUAAAAGCCAUGCAUGCGCGGGAUGUAACAAUUUCCUACCGUUUGCUUGCCUUUUGUUGCUCCCGAGGCAAUAGCAAGAGCCUUGAUGUUGCUCUGGCUCCUUACGCUGCUUUUUGCGAAUCUAUUGGCGGUAACAUGGCCCAAAACCUUUUGAAAGAUUUGAAUUUGAGCCAGCAAGUCGAUGAUGCGCGGUCGCAAGCUUGUGCUCUUCUGAAUGAUCAAUAUACCUUGUCGGAGUCGAAAGACGAAUUGGAUGCUGUAAGCGGUACUGCAUUAAUAUUGUGUCCGUACCUGUUCGCAAAUAUGGAGCAUCCAAUUCUAUCCAAGCUCAUGGCUCGCAGUGAAGGGCUUGUUCGGCUGCUUCUAGGAAUAGUCACACCAAGUAUGCUGAAUGCGCUUUGCACUCGUGUCAUUAUGCGUGAAUUCGCAAUAUUUAAAAAUCGCUUGGCGAAUAUUGUGCUCUCAUCGCUGCAAUGGACCUCAUGGGAACAGUACGGCAUGUGGGAUCUCGUGCUUGCAGAGCUCCUGUCGGGACAGUCAGCCGCAGCUGAGCAGACCAUGAUGGCAGCGACGCGCAAGGUGCUAGCUUGUGUGAAUCCGAAGGAGAACGCAGAGACAAUGACGGGAUUGCUCAAGUGUCUGAUUCACUUUUGUCCCGACGUCAGCGUACUUCAGAGCAUAUUCAAGUUGCCUGACACAUACGACGACUUUCCAUUCGCGGUGUUAGUGUGCUGGAUGGAAAAAUUUCCGGAAGUUGUUACAGACUAUGUCCGUAGCUCGCUAGAAAAUUCUGGCAACAUUUUGAAUAGCAAGCCGCUCGCAGAACUUGUCCGAAAACUGGACCACCUUCAGAACCUGCGGAAUCGUAGUUUCAGCUCCGAACAAUCAGGCCGAAUUGCUGUGCUGAAGGAUGAGACCAUCUGUGUUGCAUUAAAAAAGCUACUGCACCAAUCGGGUGAUGCAAGUAGCAGCUUUCGAGCACUGAAUGCACUUUUACUCGAUAAAGAACCUCCCAACAAAAAAAUGCGUCUCAAUGACGCCAUUUAA